AUGGACGCGAUGAAGACCGUCAGGAACCCUUGGUUGCAGUGGAAGAAGUUUCUUCAUCAAUGUCUUUCUCAAAGGACCGAUGCUUCUGAAUUUAGGGGUUUUGCGAAGCUUAUGUUAAAUCGCUAUCCCAUGCCAGGGAAAAAGCUCGUAGAUGCUAUUCUGGAGUCAAGAUCGGUUACGAAUGUACCCUGGGACCCCUUAAUACCACUCUAUGUGGACUCUCUGCACAGAAUCGAGAGGGUUAAAAUCGAAGAAAUAUUGAAAUCCCUUCUCUCACAUUCAACGGUCUCUCAGAAGCAAGAGUCUGUGCAGAGCAUAUCGAGGCCAAAAACAUCAGUCAGCACGCUGAUGAGUGACUACUGCAUUAUCCACAAUGCUACGAUUGCGGCAACAUCAGGACACGCACCCAACACAACAACCGACGCAGCAAAUAUAUUUGCCGCGCUUGCACACUGGAUUAUCACAUUGCUUUCAUGGAUGUCGAGUAAUGAAGCGGGACGUGAACCUGCUGACUUGUUGGCAAAUUCUCCCGACACUCUAGCAGUGUUCGAAUCGCUUGGAAUUCUACUUGCCGCUCUUGUGGGUACGGAGAAGUCAGUAAAUGCCUUUUCGUCCUCAGAGUCUAAAGGGUGGAGAAAUAAACUAUCUCGGGCUCUCUCUGCAUAUAUUCCGCUCUGCAGCGGUGUAUCCAUUCCAUUAAGGGACAGGCUCGAGGUUUUGCGAAAAGAUUUCAAUCUCUAUGUCCACGAUGGCCAGAAGUCUCUUGAGGACACUAUGAUGGAGAAUGUUAAUAUUUCAGCUCUAGAAUUCGAGUCCAACGUGCUCGAUGGGUCUAUAAUGAACUCGAGAGCAGGUCCCUAUAUUUACAUUAAUGCCCUGCUCUUUGGGAGGCCUCUUAUUGACGAUAGUAUGUUUAUCAACUACUUAAAUAAUCGAUAUGGACACGAUCGCAUGACACUCAUUGAAGACCUCAUCACCGCAACCUUUGAUGUUUUGUCAAAUGGGAUGUAUCGCAAUGAGCCAAAUCGAACCAUGUUUAUCUUCCGCUCCUUUCUAGUUAACAAACUCCCUCCAUUUUUUGCGGAAAUGUGUGCUUCCUCUAUUGAUCCCAUCCCAAUGGAACUUUGUAUCACUCGUGCACUCAGCCGCAUUGACCCAAAUGCAUUCCCGUCGUUUUCAGAAAUGUUUACUAUGCAAGGCAAUUCUAUUCUUUCGGACGUCCGGCAAGAAUUUUUAUUCGCCUGCGCUUUGCACAAAUUGAUACCCGAGGCAAGCAUCGAGCGGCUAUUAGGAGAAAACCCCAUGCAAACCUUACCUGUUGGAGGACAGCUUCGGAGAGAAUAUCUAGUCUCCCAGAUCAACAACAAUCCUGAACGCGCGGAACAACUGAUAAAUGAACUCGAGUCCAUGGAAGGUAAUGCUGGUGCCAUAGCUGCAGCUAUAACAGAAGUAAUGCAUAGUUUAUGCUCGAGGAAAGACACAAUGACCCUGAAAAAUAUCUGCAAUGCUCUCUCACGAAGGCCUCAGUCGUUGGACGUCAUGUUACUUUUUAUCAGUUCAUCGACUAUUCUACAGCCUCUGUGUUCAUUACUCGAUGCCUGGAAAUGGGAUGAAGAACAAGGCGAAAACCAACCUGUCUAUGAUGAAUUCGGCGGCAUAUUAUUGCUGGUUCUUGCCUUCAAGCACAAAUACGGAUUAUCUCAUCAAGAUUUAGGAAUUUCUAACCCCGACUCGUUUGUUUUGCGACUUUUGCAGCAUGGUUCGUCCAGCCAGAGACUCGAAGACUUGGAUGAAAAGCAAAAGAAUAACCUUGGUGCAUGGAUUACCGCUCUAUUUAUUGCGGAAGGUAUAAGUGACGAAUCAAUGUCAUCAUGUAGCCCACAAGAGUUUUAUACCCUCGUUGCGACGCUUUUCAGUCAGAGUUUGGCUGCCUGUGAGGCUGGGAAGUUGGAGUUCGAGACGUUGAAAGGCGGAUUCGAAUUUAUGGCAUUGACCUGGCUUGGGCAUCAUAUUUUGGAAUCGGAAAGUGAUAUAUCCGCGUCGUUAAAAAUUCUACUUGCACUUGUUAAGCCCAGUUCUAUAUCAGGAGAAGGACAGGAAAUCCAUCGCACAGUUCUAUUAAUAACUGCUAAGUCGUUGGAAGACCAACUGAAGGGCGUUCGCACGCGACACCCAUCCAGAAACGACUUAAAGACUAUCCUUGAAGCUUUGGAGCCAUACCACUCCUUCCAGCAACGCGGCACAGCUCGUUGUGGCGAAGUAGAAGGGUGGGCCGCGAACCCAGCAGGUGGGGGAAUUGUCGCCAGCAUACGCAACGCAUUCUCGUCCCUCGUACUCUGGAGCACGGACCCAGAUAUAAGUAUGACUCCUCCCAGCUACACCCACCGACAGCUUGUGGCCGGAAUAAAGCUUGUAGGCGCCGUCCGUGUUUUGCGGGGCAUAGUUGAUGAACUCAGACUUCAGGCUGAAACAGGAAGCGGAGAUUUAGCCCUUGAUAUAGCCGCCACUCUUAUCUGCGCUCCACUGUCAGAAUCCUUUGCUGCGGAACAGGCUGAAUUUCAUCCACUAAAUUCUUCUAAAGACGCCAUAUCCCGCCGUCCAAUCCUAACUCUCCGCGAUGCACUUGCCUUUGAGCGCGAUUCUAUUUCUAAAAUGAUUGACACCGAUACCCUCCGCGCAGAGCUAAUUGUACGGCUAAACCGGCGAGUUGAUUCCCUUACUGCUAUCCCCCAGAUAACGCAGGAAGUUUCAAACAUCGAUGUUAGCAACAUCAUGCAAGAUAUCAAUUUAGACGAGGAGCAGAUGGGAAUAGGCGGCCAGGGCCAGGCUCAUGACACCGACCAGGGUGGAAAGCAGACGGGCCAACCGGAUCAGCGUGGCGAGGAUGCGGGGAGCCUUAGUCAAAUUCUUGACGCUACAGUGGCGGUAGCUUCUAGAGCGGGGGAACUUGGUACCGGAAAUGGACAGGGAAUGGGAAUUGGGAUCGAUAUGGGCAUGGAUGGUGGCAUGGAUACUAGUAUCGAUGAUGUGUUGAACGGAGCGGAUAUGGGGGUUGAUAAUCCUGAAUUUCUGGAUUUGGACAUGGAGGGCAUGUUUUAG